CUUGAACCUCGACUACGCUGUAGCGUAAAUAGGCUAGUCCAUAUAGGGAGAGCAGUUCGAUCAGAAUGGCAGGGGUGCUGGCGGACGCCGAGAGGCGUCUUGCCCUGCCCAGUUACAAAGUGCGUGCUCAGAUAUGGGCGGACAAGCUAGCGGGCGAAAUCGUCGAUAAAGACUUUCUGGACUCCAAUGCCCCCGCCUUGGCAGCUUUGGUGGCCUCCACUCUCUCCCAGUACGAGGACCUCGCCUCUCAGCGCCUGGUCCGCGCCUUCGUCAACACAGCCUGCAGCCGCUCCGAUGCCUUCGUACGCGCCCUGGCAGCAGUAGCCGUCAAGGCCGCCUCCUCCAAGCCGCCCCCCAGCCGCAGCGAGGCGCUGGUGUUGCUGCACUGGAUCCGUGCCGUACUCCUAAACCUGGAUCCAGAAUCCGCCAAGAAGGCGGUUACCAAGCUGCUGGAAAUCCUGGUCGCCCUGCUCGACCAGCUCUCCCCUGCUCUGGACGCCGCAGCCUGGCCGUCUGUGGCGCGCCUGGUUCGCGGCCUGCUGCGCCGCAAACCCGCGCUCGAAGCCGACUUCCUAGCAGCAGCCAAGGCCGCCGCCAACGGCGGCGGUGCCGUACGCGCCCUCCUCGACUCCCCUACCGCCUCCUCAGCCGCUCCGCCUGCUCUGUACGAGCAGCUGCUGGCGAUCUACCUGGAUAAGGCCCUAGCAGGCGCGCGCGAGCGACUGAGCCCUGAAGCUGCCGCCGCCUACCGGCCGCUGCUAGCCCGGCUAAGCGAGGCCGACCUCACCAGCCGGGUGCUGCCGGCGGUGUCUAAGGCGCUGCGCCGCGUGCCGGAUGUUGCGCUGGGUGCGGUUGUCGCGCUGGCGGGCGCGGCGCCGGCUGCGCUGGACAUGAGCCGUGCGGCAGGGGAGCUGGUGCCGCUGUUGGUGCAGCAGGCGCGGCUGAAGGAGAGCGUUCGGGGUGCGGCGCUGGAGGCGGUGCGGGCGCUAGCGGGGCGCUGCGGGCAGGCGGGCGUGCUGCGGGAGCUGGUGGCGGGGCUGAGGAAGAUCCUGGACGGUAGCGCGGAGGGCAAGGUGAAGGUGGCGGCGGAGCGCUCCGUGCUGGCGGCGGCGCUGGGGGCGCUGGGGGCGGAGGCGCCCGCUGCAGCGGCGGAGGAGGCACUUGCGCAGGAGGUGGUGGCGUUCCUGGCCACCGCCGUCAAGGACGAGCUGUCUGAGGACGUCAAGAUCUCCCUGCUCGCCACCCUAGCCGCCUGGCUGCCACGCUGUGCCCCCUCCUCCUCCUCCAC